AUCACAUUCAAAAAAAGAAAUUCAUUCAUUAUAUUUUUUUCUCUUAUCAACAAAAACUUUGAUUUGAUUAAUUUCAUCAAAUUAUGGGAAAUAGCUUAAGGUGUUGUUUGGCUUGUGUUCUUCCUUGUGGUGCACUUGAUUUAAUUCGUAUUGUACAUUUAAAUGGUCAUGUUGAAGAAAUUACAAGUCCAAUCACAGCCUAUGAAGUUUUAAAAAAUUACCCUAAUCAUGUCUUGAGUAAACCAUGCUCUCAAGGUACAAUGGCUCGCCGGAUUCUGAUCUUAUCGCCGGAAUCCGAGCUCAAAAGGGGUAGUAUAUACUUCUUAAUUCCCGCAUCUUCUGUCCCGGAGAAGAAGAAAAAAUCCGGGAUCACAUCCUCCUCAAUCAACAGACUACCAAAAAAUAAUAAUAAGAAAUGCCACGUCACCAUCAACGAUGGUGAUCGCGAUUUUUCGAGUGAUAGUACAAUGCCAAAAUUAAAGAAAUCAUCUCACCGGAGGAGUAAGAGCGGCAAGGUUGUUGUGUGGAGACCUCAUCUCACCACUAUCUCUGAAGACUAAAGUUUUUUUUUUUUUCUUGUUUUUAUUAUUAUUUUUUUUUACUUUUUAUUAUUUGUAGAUAAUUUUUAUUUUUAUU